UCGAGCUGCGUCCGACCGGCCUGCCUGCCUGCCUCCACCGCAUAUAUAUCUCUCGGCAGGGAUGGAGCAGGGUUGCCGUACGGCGCUCGCAGCUCGCCAGGCGCCCGUCGAGUCCCUCUGAGCCGGAGCCGCCUUUGCGCACCUGCCUAGACGUCCGCCCCCCGACGACGCGCCCGUGCCCUCCAUGCGCGCCACGCUCGCCCUCCUCCGGCUGCUGCUCUGGAGCUUAGUGUGCCAGCAUGCCGCUGGAUCAGGGCUAAAUGUGACGGGACAAGAGCAAAACAUGCCCGUCCUGAGGACUCUUAAUACACCUGCAGCUGGGGUGUUUUCCUCGGGAGUUGACUAUGAAGGGACUGAAGAGGAAGAAGUGGCAAUGGCACCUCAAUUCCUUGUAGGUGAUUCAGCUACAGUUGCAUUUGAACUUAAAAAGCCAGCAAAAUCAGAGAGCGGGAAAAAGAACUCAAACAAACCAAAAAGAAAGGGGAACAACAAGGGGAAGAAAAACAAGAAGAAAACUCCAUGCGAAGCAGAGUUUAAAAACUUCUGUGUACAUGGCGACUGCAAAUAUUACGAACAUCUUCGAAAAGCCACGUGCAAGUGCCACUCGGAUUACUUUGGCGAACGUUGCGUAGAGCAGUUCUUGAAGACGCACAGUACCGAUGGCAACGAUGUAGAAAGUUUCACAUCCACAAUACUUGCGUCGACGGCUGGUUUGCUCACCUUUGCUGCCAUUGUGGUCAUUGUAACACUGCUGGUAAGGAAAAAGUGUUCUGUGUGCGAUGAAACGGAAGAAAGGAGGAGGCUCCGGCAAGAAAAUGGAAGUUCCAGCAAUGAUGUUUAAAGGGAACUGAAGGAGAUGCAGCUGAAAAGGCUGUUGCCGAAGCACACGCCCUUCCGUGGAGGCACGUCGGGAAAGGUCAGACUGAGAACCUCAGAGGAGCACGUUGAGAGCCUGAGACCUUGUCUGCCCAACAUGGAAGAUGCCGCAAGGAGGGGGUUUUGCACUCCCUUUGCCUCUCUGCAGCUGCCAGAGGAUGCCAGGCAAUGUCGCCACACUUGCAGGAAUUAACAUCUGUAGAGUUUCCACAGCCGCCGGAGAGCUGCCCCACCCUGUUCAGUACUGGAAGACGACCCAAAGAUGGUUGCCGUGUGUGCGUUAAUCUGUCACCGGAGAACUAUCGGCAGGUAGUUUACAGAGACUUCUGUGUGCAAGGGAGAGAAUUUAGGAGAUGUUCAUGCCUGCAUGAUGGGUUGUUUUUUCUUCUUCUUUGUGUUGUUACUGAC